CUUUCUUCUCCACCACUAUCUCUAUCUCCACACAGACAAACAAGUCAAGAGCACUUCACUCACACCUUGUCUAUAUAUAUAUGUCUCCCUAACCCAAAUUUUAUUUUCGCGGUCCAAGCUCCAAUUUAGCCUCAAAACUUCGUAACUGCCAGAACACGGCCACCGCCGUCGGUGAGAAAAUGCGGUGGAACCAAAAUCCGACCUCUUAAAAGAACUCAUCCUUCAUCACUUGAAAGCUACUCAGCCUGAAAUGGCGAUACAACGAUCAUAAACUACCCACAAAAGCAAAAGCUAAAAAGCUCCGAUUUUUACAAAAAAGAAAAAGCCCUCGUCAAUGUCUAAUGCAAACUCAUCUGCUGAAGAUGUGGCGGCGGACGCCGUGGGCAAGCGGUAUGAGAGGCUACUGGCUCUCCGUACAAAGGCGGUGAAAGGGAAAGGAGCAUGGUACUGGGCUCAUUUCGAUCCUAUCUUGAUCACAAACCCCGACACCAACCACCCAAAAUCAGUAAAGCUGAAGUGCACCCUCUGCGAUGCUGCAUUCUCUGCGUCAAACCCAUCAAGAACUGCUUCCGAGCAUCUCAAGCGAGGAGCUUGCCCCAAUUUUAGCUUACCCCCUCUUGCCUCGCCCUCGUCGCAGCGCAAGCGGGCCUCUGACUCUUCCUUGGACGUGUCUCCAAUAAACAUGUUUGAUUCGUCUCGAUUAAUGGGCUUUAUGCCUCACCAAACUAGGGAACUGCAAGGCCUGAGGAUUUUGUCUGGUGGUAGAGAUGAUUUAAGGCCAUUGGCAAUGCUGGAGGAGAGUGUGAAGAGGCUCAAGAGCCCCAAGGCCUCACCAGCUUAUGCAUUGAGUAAAGAGCAAGCUGAUGCAGCCUUUGAUCUCUUAGCUGAUUGGUUCUUCGAGGUCUGUGGAUCGGUGACAUUUUCGAGCCUCGAACAUCCCAAGUUCACGGCUUUUCUUAAACAAGUCGGCUUACCUGAGGUGUCAAGAAGGGAGCUUCUAUGCUCGAGGCUCGAUUCCAAGUUCGAGGAGGCUAGAAGGGUGUCCGAAGCAAGACUCCGGGAUGCAGCUUUCUUUCAGGUUGCUUCUGAUGGAUGGAAGAGCCAAAUUUGCAGUGAAGGGGACAAGCGUCUGGUCAAAUUUAUGGUUAACCUUCCUAAUGGAACCAGAGUCUUCCACAAGGUGGUCUACUCGAACGGUGGAGUAGUGCCAUCGCAGCAUGCGGAGGAGGUCUUGUGGGAGACCGUUGGAGAUAUUUGUGGUGGCAAUGCACAUAGAUGUGUAGGCAUCGUUGCAGAUAGGUAUAAAGGGAAAGCAUUGAAAAGCUUAGAACUCCAGAAUAAUUGGAUGGUUAAUUUAUCUUGUCAGAUUCAGGGAUUCUGUAGUUUGAUCAAGGACUUCACUCGAGAGCUUCCACUAUUUGGGAGAGUAACCGAAAAGUGUAUGAAAAUCGCAAAUUUGAUUAACUCUCGACCGCAGGUUAGGAAUUCUUUCCUCAAGUAUAGGUUGCAAGGGGUUGAAGUUCCUGCCUUUAUUACAGUCCCCACUCCUAAAUGUGAUAUUUCUAAGAAUUCAGGUCUUUUUAUUGCCAUGUUGGAAGGUGUCCUAACAUGCUCACAAAUUCUUCAUUUAGUUGUGUUGGAUGACACAUUUAAAGUUGCUUGCUUAGAGGAUCUUGCUGCUGCAGAAGUGGCUGGUGUUGUUCAGGAUGUUGGAUUUUGGAAUGAAGUAGAGGCUGCUCAUUCAUUGAUAAAGUUGAUAAUGUCGAUGGCCGAAGAGGUUGAGGCAGAGAGGCCUUUAGUUGGGCAAUGCCUUCCUCUUUGGGAGGAGAUGAGGUCUAAAAUCAAGGAGUGGUGCACCAAAUAUAAUGUUGUAGAGGGGCCUGUUGAGAGGAUAGUCGAGAGGCGGUUUAAGAAAAACUACCAGCCUGCAUGGUCAGCUGCCUUCAUUCUUGAUCCGCAGUAUUUGGUUAGGGAUGCCAGUGGGAAGUACCUCCCCCCUUUCAAGUGCUUGACGCACGAGCAAGAGAAGGACGUUGAACAAUUCGUUACCCGUCUCGUUGCAGGGGAGGAGGCUCAUAUCGCGCUAAUGGAGCUUAUGAAGUGGAGAUCAGAAGGUUUGGACCCACUGUAUGCUCAGGCAGUUCAGCUGAAGCAGCAGGAUCCUGUUACCGGGAAGAUGAAGAUUGCUAAUCCACAGAGUAGUAGGCUUGUGUGGGAAACUUGUCUUAAAGAAUUUAAAUCACUUAGUAAAGUUGCAGUGAGGCUUCUUUUCCUUCAGGCAACCUCAAGUGGGAUUAAGUGUGAUUGGUCAUUCACAAGAUUGUUAGGAGGGGCCUCAAGAUUAGGGUCUGAGAAGGUACAGAAGCUCAUUUUCGUCGCAGCUCAUGCGAAACUUGAGAGACAGCACUUCUCCAGUGUAGAGGAGAAUGAUGCAGAGCUUCUUAGAAGCGUGAAUGGCGAGGAUGAAAUGCUUAAUGAGGUUCUUGCUCAUACGUCAUCAAUAUAAUGUUUUUUUGGUUUAACUCUCUAGAAUUGUUGGUGUAGGAUUUGUUAAUUAAUUAAUUAAUUUAUUUUCAUUUUCUCAAUCAGUUUAGUGAGUGAAUUAGAUAGUAGUACUACAUUAUUGUGUUCUGAAUGGAUCAUCUCUUUGUUCCAUCUGGUGUGUAGAGAGGAAGAGCAUUAUUGGUUAUGCUUCUUUUUUUGAUUCAGAAAUAGAGGUGGAAAUCUCAAACUUUAUUUAUGACUCGCAAAUAUUUGAUGA